AUGUUCUUCUUCAACGAGUUGCAAAUUUAUCACCUAACCGUGUACAGAAUGAGUCAUCACAACAGAUACCAAUCGACCAAUACCAAUACCAAUUCCAAUACAAAUACCAAUACAAACUCCACCACAACAGUCACUGGCUUUGCGCAUACUAGUCCGGUCAUUGGCUCACAUUCGUCGUCAUCGUCCACCAAACCCACACAGCAUAAAGGACCAUCAGGAUCUUCAUCAACAACAGCAGCAGCAUCAGCAGGAGGAGGCGGAGGUGGGGGUGGAAUAGGAGCACCAGCUGGUAACCACAUCAAUGGCCUUGCCCAGCACCCUGAUCGCUAUGUGCCCGGCUCGCCCAUAUUUCGCGAAAGCAGCCCAACAUCGACAAAUGCGUCCAAUGCCACCAACAGCAGUAGUGCCAGUAGUAAUACCACCAACACCACCAUUACUACCAACAGCAAUCCUACGCCAAGGCCAAUAACAGCUGCGCCUUCGGGAGCCAUCAACAGCAGCAGCAACAGCAGCAGCCACACAUCCAGGAGUCGUGGCAAAGCCAUGACAAUAUCCGUUUCGCAUGCAGCACAGGGUAACCACACAACAACAAGCAAUUCCUCUGCUAAAACCAAGCCAUCGCCCACUUGUUAUAUGAGCACUCGCUCGGCAGCCAUGAUGGCCCUGGCCUUGGGUCAGUCCAGUGGUGGUGGUAGUAAAGAAUCUCAACGUGCUUCCUCUCCGUCUAAAACUAAUUCUAUAUCUCGCACGGCACCAGCAACAACUACACCUAACUCUUCAGCUUCAAAUUCUUCUCCAGCACCUACUACUAAUAUGUCCAGAUCUAAACCAUCCACGGCUCAAGCAGCCGCCGCUCAGUUGAACGGCAUUGGACUGCUUGGCUCGGGUGGUAGCAAUUCCAGUGGCUCGGAUAAUGAUGGCUUUAGUUCCACAUCGGCGGGUUCAUCAUCAACUGCCACAGCUUUGCGACGUUUGUACUUUAAAAGUGGACGAAGUAUUAAGAACAAGAUCACAUCGUCUACGUCUACGACAACAGGAGCAACAGCUGGGGGAGGAGGAGGAACUUCUAAUUUAAAUAGUCUACCCAUGAAUCCAGUGACCACUUCCAAUGGCUCCUAUCACAAUGCAAUGGGACAUGGAACCGUGGGCAUGGCUGGUGUACCCAAAUUGGUGGUUAUGGGCACUUCGUCGGCCUCAAUACCGGACAACAAUAUCAAUACAUCCACGGAUUCGGCCUGUACACUCAUCACAAAUGUCACUCACACCGAUACAUCGGAGACUUGCGAUUCAUUGGACCUGGGCGACAAUUCUGGUCCCAGUGAACCGUUGUUCAGUUCUCUGGAAGAACCUCUGCUUACCGCCAUACAAAUCGAUUCGGAACAUGAGGGUGGACGAGGCACUGAACUGGAACUAACAAGCUGCUCACGUUAUCCACCACGUCCUGACAUGAAUCUACAGGACAGCACCGAAAGCCAAGAAUCCUGUCUAUCCAUAUUGACGGGCGAGUCAUCGUCAACCACUCCGUUGUUAUCCACGCAGCGGCGCCACCUGGCAGGAGGGCAACAACAGCAGCCCAGCACGGCGCCACCGCCAACACGAGUGCGUGAACACUUUACUUUCGAUCCACCCCAGUCACCAAAAUCGGCACGCAGCAGCGAAAAGGGACGCACACACUUCACAUUUAGGGAAAAGACAGAGACAGGGAAAGGGAAAGGAAUAGAGACAGGGAAAGGGAAAGGGAUGGUAGGGAGGAGCAGAAGGCAAUAGUUGGCGGAGCACAGCAGGCAGCCGGUCCAAGAAGAACCUAUAAUGUCUCAUCAUAUGGCAGUGGCGGCGCC